AUGUUUUUUGAGUGCUCUCUUCUCUUUGCAACAGUUAUAAAUGCUGUAGUCUGUUGGUAUUCUUACUACAACAAAUUACUUCUUCUCAAGACCUUUUCAAAGCCACCAGUCUGUUUAAUACUCACUGUGUUCACUUAUGAAGUGUUGGGGUUAGAGUACUCCCCUUUCUUAUUAGGUUUAAUAUUAAGUGCGUUGGGCGAUACACUUCUUCUUUCGAGAAAUAAAGUCGUCUUUUUAACUGGAUCUCUUUCUUUUCUCUUGGCUCAUGUGUCUUACAGUUAUGGAUUUUCUCAACAUCUUUCUCUUUCUAACGAAAUAUCUCCGUUGUGUUAUUUGACUAUUGUAGCACCUCUCUUAGUCACUUUGGCAUUAACUUUUGCUCAAGACAAAAAGAUGAGAUUAUCAAAUGGAUUCUUUACACUCAUUUACAUGUCUUUCAUAUCAACUGGAUUAUUUAAUUGCUCUCGAACAAUCGGAGAUGCAAACUGGAGUUUACCAGCCGCUUUACUUUGCUUUAUUGGUUAUGCCAUAUUCUUUGUUUCGGAUGUUCUUGUCUGUUUCGCUGUUAUGAUCUAUGAAAACAAAUUAAUUUCAAUGACCGUUAUCACAACUUAUCACAUCGCUCAAAUCGCAAUUGUUCUUGGUCUUGUUUUGAACAAGCACUACGAUUCACUCUUUCCUUUACUCCAUUAA